AUGUCAACCCCCAAAACUACCGCCAUCAUUGUUCACGGAGCCUACUUCCUUCCCUCGGCCUCGGAUGCUUUCAAUGACCAGCUAUCCCAGCCUCACUCCUAUGGCGGCAUCGUGGCCUCGGAAGCUACCUCCCCAGACCUAUACAGCGACGCCAGCAAGACAAGUUCCAAAGGGAUUUCGUCCAUCAUCUAUAUACCCGCCUGGCUUGUCCCACCUGGGUCCUCGGUGCCGUUCGUGAUCGAAAAGUACGGAUUUAAGUGCCAGGUCGAUCUCGGCGUUAACGAAGACGGCACCGUUUUCGCGAAGAACGCACCGCACUCGUUCUACAAUGACAUUCAUGCGGAGUAA